AUGCUGAAGAGGUUUGCAACCGAAUUGCGAGAGAAGGAGCGGCAGAGGGCCGAGGAGAAGAGCCGCGAGGAAGAGGCGAGGCGGAUGCGCAGAGGAGGAGGAGGGCCACGCCGGACGAGGAGUAGGAGGAGCUGUGUCAGCGACGGCCGCGGACCGAGGAAGAGCCUAGGUUCCCCGAAGGAGGACAGGGGCCCCAAGCCUCGUCACAGCAACAGCGGCCGGGAGCGGACGCCUCGUGGCAGGAGCAGCAACACCAGUGGCAGGGCAGGGACCACAAGGCGCGGUGAUCGGGCCGUAUGUAACGCAGGAGGUGCGUACGGCGGUGCGUGGAGGAACGGUGUGGCACCACCAAAUCCACCACAUCACCUGGGCAUCGGGGCCGGCACCGAGGGAGCCGGAGGCUCCGGAAGAAGCGCGGGUGUGGGAGGAGACGCCCCGACGGAGCAAUGGCCGCGACCCAAGGGGGCGAUCGGCGGCAGCGCAGCCAGCAGCGGAACCGGCAGCGGCGAGCGCGGCGGCAGAGUCGGCGGCGGCAGCGGACACGGCAGCGGAGCCAGUCGCGAGCGCGGCGGCAGAGUCGGCGGCGGCAGCGGAACCAGCAGUGGAACCAGCAACGCCGGGUGCGGCGGCAGAGUCGGCGGCAGCGGAGACAGCAACGGCGAGCGCGGCGGCAGAGUAGGCGGCGGAAGCGGAGCCAGCAACGGCGAGCGCGGCGGCAGAGUCGGCGGCGGAAGAGGAGCCAGCAACGGCGAGCGCGGCGGCAGAGUCGGCGGCGGUAGCGGAGCCAGCGACGGCAAGCGCGGCGGCAGAGUCGGCGGCGGCAGCGGACACGGCAGCGGAACCAGCAACAGCGAACUCUGGCGGCGGGAGCCGGAGCGGCAGUUGUCGUGUCCGGAGGAGCGGGAGAGACCGCGGGCGCCCAUGCAGCGCCAGGCGUCGUGGCCACAGGCACAGCUAGGGGCGGAGGGCCCACGCUGGCGGCCCGUGAGACGGGAGGAGUGGCCAGGGGCGGUGGAGCGCGUCCUGGCUCGAACGAGGUUCACCUCGAGGCGCAUCAAGCGGCUGGUGAAUGACGGAGGGGUCCGGUACCGGGUGACGGUGUCCCGGGACCACCAGGAGGUGUUCCGAGAAGCUGGGGCUCAGUAA